ACGAGCUCAUGAAUGGUGACCAGAAGCAGAUCAGAACAGUGCUGGCUGGGGCGAUUGACCGCGAUUUGUGCCCUGUGUAAAGUUGGUGUUGGGCGCUAGAGGAGGCAGUCGGCACACUCGGUGACAGUUUCACCAUGUCGCCCUGAGCAGGAAUCCGAUCAUAGGCCAGGACGAACGGCCGAUGGCCGAAAACAAGCACCAAAACAUGUCGAAAAGAAUCACCAGCACCAGGUGUCCGCACGUGCACUCGCUGGCCGACGUAGGUCCCGAGGACAUCGCCAGAAUCAAAGAGAAUGACCCUCGGUGUGAGGAAUGCAAGUCCAAGGGGCCCAACAUGUGGGUGUGCCUUCACCAGGACUGCCUCAAAGUGGGCUGCGGGGAGGCUUACAAGGACCACAGCACCAUCCACAAUAAGGAAUUCACCGACCACAGCCUACAGUUAAAUCUAUCCACGUUACGGGUGUGGUGCUACAAAUGUGAAAAUGAGGUUCUCCUCAUCCAUAACAUUCCUCCAGUCGGCAAAUUUUCCAAAAACGUGGUGCAACCGCCCCCUGAGAAAACUGCUGAGUCUGAAAGCAGCGACAGUGAUGGGAGCGAAGACUCUACUUUGAGACCAAGAGGGCUGACCGGCCUGCAGAACAUUGGCAACACUUGUUACAUGAAUUCAGCGCUUCAGGCGUUGUCCAACACUCCGCCUUUGACUCGGUUCUUCUUAGAGUGUGGGAGUUCCAUCGUGAAGAACGAGCGGAAGCCGAAUUUGGCUAGAAGCUACCUGAGACUGAUGGAGGACAUGUGGAAUCCAAAACGACUGGGAUACGUCACCCCGUCCAAUAUUCUUUACGGAAUCAGAAACGUACACCCUAUUUUCCGAGGCUACCAACAGCAUGACACACAAGAGUUCCUACGUUGUUUUAUGGACCAACUUCACGAGGAACUGAAGGAGCCAAUCAUGGAAUUGGAGAAUGGGAUUGCUGUCCCAGCCAUGCAAGUGUCUCGUGAUAAUCUUGUUUCAGACGAUCAGUUCGCUGGACGUUUGACUCCAAGUGAUGAUGAUGAAGACGAGGAGGAUGGAGACCGACCUUCAAGCCAGUCAGAAGGCGAAUACGAGACUUGUGAUUCUGGAGUGAGCGAGCGAAGUUCUCUCAGCGUCAGUGAUGACGGCGACCGGAGACGCACACUAUCCAGAAGGCUAUCCCGCUCUCCGUCACCUAGUCAAGACCAACAAGUCAGGAACAAAGCUGGAGCCAGGAUUGCAAUGAACGGAUUGAAUGGUCCCAGAGCUUCUUCGCCGAGCAAGCCGUUCCGCAAGAAGCACUCGUUGAAACACAAAAGCAUCAUAUCUGAUAUAUUUGAUGGCAAACUUUUGAGUUCUGUUCAGUGCUUGACAUGUGAUAGGGUUUCGUCCCGAGUAGAAACCUUCCAAGACCUUUCGCUACCCAUUCCAAGCAGGGACCACCUGCACAUGCUGCACCAAGGUUCUCAAAAGCCAGGUGGCAGCAUGGCCGCCUGUUCCGACGCCUACGGGGCCGAGCCCGGCUGGAUUGGGUGGAUGUGGGAGUGGCUGCGCAGCUGGUUUUGGGGCCCUACGGUCAGUCUGCAUGACUGCCUCGCCGCCUUUUUCAGCGCGGACGAACUGAAGGGCGACAACAUGUACAGCUGUGAGAGGUGCAGCAAGCUUCGCAACGGAAUGAAAUACUCAAAAGUGUUGGAGUUGCCUGAAGUUCUGUGCAUCCACCUGAAGCGUUUCCGUCACGAACUCAUGUUCAGUUCAAAAAUCGGGUGCUACGUCUCUUUUCCUCUGGAAGGACUUGACAUGAGGCCCUACCUACACAAAGAUUGUUCAUCCGAGGUUACCAAUUACGAUUUGAUGUCUGUGAUCUGCCACAUUGGGACAGCAGGAGGAGGGCACUACAUUUGUUACUCGUACAAUGUCAACAGUCAACAGUGGUACGAAUUUGACGACCAUCGGGUGAGCGAGGUUUCUCCCAACACGGUGCAAAAUUGCGAAGGAUACGUUCUCUUCUACAGAAAAUCCUCGGAAAAAAUGAGCCAGUUGCGCCAACGGACGCUGGAGUUGAUCCAAAGGUCGCGGCCGGAGCCUAGUCUGAUGCAGUUUUACGUGUCGAAACAGUGGCUUAGCAAGUUCAACACGUUUGCCGAGCCUGGUCCGAUCGACAACUCGGAUUUCUUGUGUGUACAUGGCGCUGUGCACCCGCAAAAGGUGUCGCAAGUCAGGGAUCUGUGUGCUGUGCUCAGCCAGAGCGUCUGGGAGUAUCUCUACGACAAGUUCAGUGGUGGUCCGCCCUGCAACAGGCUUUUCGAGUGCACCAUUUGCAAGCAGGAGCAAGAGUCACUUCACUGCAGACUGAGGCAAGAGCUGGAAUCGUUCCUAAGUCUAAACUCGCACGAUGCCACAAGUCACGCCAUGUCGAUGAGUUGGUUCCGUCAGUGGCAGGCGUUUGUGCAGAGAAGGAGUCCAGACCCACCUGGACCCAUUGACAAUACACCGAUUCUGACUACCAAAAAUGGAGUGUUGACUGUUCGAGCAGGUUCUGACUAUGCACAAUUCCCGGCAGAGGUGUGGAAAUUCUUCCACUCGCUGUACGGCGGCGGUCCGGAGUUGGUGCUGCGGCAGCAGUCCUCAUCCCCGAGCACGCCUUCGCCACCGAGCAUGGCCUCGAGCUCAAAGCAGCACAGUCUGGAGAGUCUGAGCAUCUCGAAAAACAGCGUCAAGGCUCGGAAGCAUGCCAAGGUGCGUGCUAGCGAGGACGAGACGCCUUCGUCGCCACCGUCCUCGCUGCCGACGCCCUCGACGCCGGUCAGAGGCUGCAGAGCGGACAGCAGCAGCGGCAGCUGCAGCGACGAAGAAGAGGCCCCUGCCGCCGCCGGCCUUAUGACCUGACCCCAGGCUAAUUGUUGGGCAGAAUAAUACCAAAGGCAUUGUGAGAGCCAGUAUAGUGUGUUCCUCAAAUUUUACGUGUAAAUCAUCACAGCGCUAGAUUCUUAAUUUAUUCUGCUUUCAACUGGUGGGCUACUCCGUUGGUUUCAAUUUUAAACGUUGUGCUCUAUUGUUGUUCUAUCAAAUUUUAACCAUUUUAACUCUGCAUUCCUGAAUAAUGUCUCUGCAAACUCAUUCCGCGUGACCUUCUUUUUACAGCGUGUCUGUGCGAUUACGCACUUUCAUUGUGAUUGAGCUCACAAUCUUGUACACCUGUACUUUCCAAUAAAACGCAACCAAACGCAAUCAGAUUGAUCAGUUUAA